GCGAUCGCGGUGGCUGUGCUGGGAUCUGCUGCACUGACUUUCAUCGUUCCAAGUCACGCACACGAACAGCAGGAUAGGGCAUCGCGAAGAAGUCUCCUUGGUGCGGUCGUGGCUUCACCUUUGGUCCUGGGUGUGGCUCCGGCAGUUCUGGCUGCAGACAAGACCCCGGGAAGGCUGGAGGCCUAUGGCUUGAGCGGCAAGCGGGCCAAGGAUGUCAACGGUCUUUGGAGCGUGUUCCCAGAUAAAAAGGUGAACGGGAGAGCGGUCUACAAGAAGGACGAUGCCGACAUUUACCUGACUUAUAGUGACUGUCAGCAGUUCCAGAUGGUCAAGAAGCCAACAGGGGAGUGCGAGGGCUUUGCGUUGGAGUACAAGGGCGUGUGGGAAGUGGAUGGCGAGGACACCCGAAUGAAGGUGAAGCCGUACCAGUCUAAGGAAGAUAGAAAGAAGGCACAGCAGAAAGGUGGAGAACAGCCGAGCGGCGGUGGUGGGUUCUUCCAGCUGGGAAAGAUUGAGCCAAUCAUCCCAAAGCAGGAGAGUGAUGCCGAUGUUCUGUUAAACGGUCAGGAUGUCAAUGAGUAUGUCAGAAGGAAGGGCAGCACUGGCAUGAUGGGCAUGCAAGACUAUCUGACCAACAUGAUGACCCUGGAGGAGGAGGAGUCCAAGAUCGCCGACAGCCUGGAAGCCCGGCUGGAUGCGAAGCUGAAAGACCGAGACAUCAGCAAGGGUCAAGACCGCCUGAUCAUGGCAGAAGAGGCGACAGGAGAGGCUGAAGUGCCGGAGGACUCUGGCGAUGAGUUCCAGGAAGACGCAGAUGAGCAGGGACUAGAGGAUGAAGAUCUCGAGGAAGAGGAGCCAGAAGAUGACGAGGAGAUCGCACCAGGUCAUCUAAGCUCACCCGGUGGAGGAGCCUCGAAGAACGACACCCUGGAUAUGUUGGCUGACAUGUCCGAGCUUUCAGGGUUCGGUGCCUCCGGUAAGAGUGCAAGCGCUUCGCAUAGCCGCAGAGCGGGCAGUUUCAGCCGAGUUGGUGGAGCCGGGUCCGCCACAGCUUCCAGGCGGUCUGCGGAGGACUCUCGACACGAAGAUGCCGAGGACGUGGUUUUGGCAAGAGAAGCUGUGAAGUGGCUGCUGCAGAAGAUUUACCGCCGAUGUGACAACAGCAAGCUGGAUAAGGUCCCCGACUUGAUGACGCGAUGCGAGGGCAAGGAGGUUUUAUUGCUGCACUCGGCUCUGCUGAAAUACGUUCCAAUGCCGCGCGACGAGGAGAUAGACUGCUUCGGGCAAACUCUGGAAGACAAGGCCGACCUGUUGCAGGAGUUGCUCAUGGGACUUGCAGACCACUUUGGAGUCGACGCCCCUGAAGCUGUGGAUCUGAGCAACCUGGGGAGCUCUUUCCUGCAAGGGCUGUACCAGAUGCUGAGCGACGUCAAGGAGUCCAGGCAGAGGCCGAUCGAAGAUGAUGCGCAUGCGGGAAGGCCGGAAGAGAGGAGCUAUUUCUCACGGCCUUCUGACUCACGGCCUUCUGAGGGCAUCCUUGGAUCCUCUGUGCCAGAGGAAGGCACAGGGAUACCAGAGGUCCCUGACAAAGACUGCGAGAUGCCUUUGGAUCGACGUGAGCAGUUCCUUGCGGCCACGAAGCGAAGGCAUGAGGUGCAGUGGAAGCUCGAAUCGGAAGAAGAAGAGGAGGAAGAAGCCACGGAUGGCGCUAGUGCUACAAUUGAGGAGCCCGUCGCAAGCCCUGCUCCGGAUAGCCGAACCACAAAGCGCCACCGUGUCGACGGAGAAGCACGAAGUUCUCCUGGGAAACGAGGGGGGCAGGGUGGAUGGCAGCUCGGGAAGCAGCCAAUCGAAAUGUUUGAGUGA